AUGGCUGCGUACGGAAGCAACGGUGUGUUGAGGGGAGAGGCCAGAUUCACCGAGGAGCAGGAGGGGCUGGUCAUCAAGUCGUGGAACAUCAUGAAAGAUGAUUCUGCCAACAUUGGGCAUCGCUUCUUCCUGAAGAUAUUCGAGGUCGCGCCGUCGGCGCGCGAGCUGUUCUCGUUUCUACGCAACUCCGACGUGCCGCUGGAGAAGAACCCCAGGCUCAAGGCCCACGCCAUGUCCGUCUUUGUAAUGACGUGUGAAGCGGCUGCACAGCUGCGGAAUACCGGUAAGGUCACCGUGGGGGACACCACCCUCAAGAGGCUGGGCGCCACGCACUUCAAGAAGGGCGUCUCUGACGCUCACUUUGAGGUGGCGAAGUACGCGCUGCUUGAGACUAUUAAGUAUGGGGUUCCGGCGAGCAUGUGGAGCCCAGCGAUGAAGAACGCGUGGGGUGAAGCAUACGACCACCUGGUUGCUGCCAUCAAGCAGGAGAUGAGGCCCGCCGCUCUGUUAUAA